AUGGCUUCGUAUGGCAAUCCCAUGUAUACGCCGGAUCAGUUCAUGAAUCCAGGCCCAGCACCGCGCCCACCCGGGGAGCGCCCCAAGUUGACGCUACCCACCAGCAACAGCAAUGUGGCCACCUCGUUCAACCAGAUGUCCCUGAAUUCACCCUCAACCCCCGGAUCCGCCAACUUGUCACUGUUCCCCAACACCAGUAGCCCGUCCCUCACGCAGACCAGGAGCCAGCAGAGGGGCGAGGGCGGGUUCGCAAUCAUCAAGGAGGGAUACGUUCGCUGCAAAGAAGACAAGUUCUUGGCCACAUGGAACCAACGCUACCUGAUCCUGCGGGAGUACAAGCUGGAAUUCCUCAAAAAUGAAACGGGCAAAGUGGCCAUCUCCUUCCCGCUCUCGACGGUGACUGCCGUGUCGCGUUCCGAGGACACCAAGAUGGCUUUUGAGAUCACGCGGUUGGCCAACCCCAAAGACGCCCAAUCCAAAACUGCCCUGAUCACCCGCGACCUGCCGACCAAGACCAUCACCUGUGAGGUAAAGACGGAUGACGAGAUUUAUGAAUGGAUAGACAAGAUCUAUGAGCGCUGUCCGGGCAUGGGCGGUGUCAGCAACCCGACCAACUUCAGCCAUCGGGUCCACGUUGGCUUUGAUCCGCAGACGGGCGGCUUUGUCGGACUGCCUCCAGAGUGGGAGAAGCUAUUGACGGCCUCUGCCAUUACGAAGGAGGAUUACAAGAAGAACCCCCAGGCGGUCAUUGAGGUGCUAGAGUUUUACUCCGAUAUCAAGAUGCGGGAACAAAACCCACAGUACUAUGCUGGAAUGGGUGCCGCUCCCGCUGGUCAAGGAAAGUCGUACGGUAAUAACACAGUCGGCAGCUCGAUCGCGCCGCCACGUCCUCCCCCACCAGGGCCUCUUCAGCGUCUGGACAGCGGUCAAUCCAAGCAGUCGACCGACGGCUCCAUGCGCUCGGCCACCUCUUCUCCCGGGCAGUCAUCGAAUAGCUUGGAGACUGACCGUGCAAUGGAACAGCAGCAGCAAUUGGAGCGCAUGAAGGAGUUGGCCGAGCAAGAACGUCGCCGAGUAGCAGAAGAGGCUCGUCUGAAGCAGGAACAGGAUGAAUAUAAUGCCUCGAUUCCAAAGACACGAACACCGAUGGCCAAGCAGGAGCUCGGUGGCUAUGGCGGAAGUGAUGAUCGCUAUAAACCUAGCCGCCCAGCUCCGCAGGCUCCUGGUCCAGGGGCUCGUGGCCCUCCUCAGGGCCAGCUGACUGCGCAGCGUCCCGCACCGCCGCCCCCAUCAUCUUCGCAGAACCCCUAUGGGCAACCUCCCCGGACCCCUGGUGGUGGAUCCCGGCCUGAUGACCGCCAGUAUUCUCCCAACGACCCUCGUGCUCAAGCAAACCGUCCGCAGAACAAUGGCAACAAGGGACAACAGGCGCAAGGCCCACCGCCAACCCGGCUGCCGGCCCCUGUGCAACCUGUGAAGCCGCUCAACAUUGCCAACAAGAACACGAGCAACAAGCAGACGCCUGAUGGUGUCCGCCAAGCGGAAGCCGCCUUGACGAAGAAGCCGGAGCCCCGACAAAAGGAGGUGCGCAUGUCGGCCAUGUCGGAGAACGAGGUUAUGGAUCGGCUGCGGGCAGUGGUGUCCAAAGACAACCCGAAUGACUCGUAUAGCAAGCAGCGCAAGAUUGGUCAGGGUGCGUCCGGUUCCGUGUACGUAGCACGCGUCAAGGAGCAUGCAACCUCGUCUGUGGCACACGAGCUGUACCGGCAGUACGGUCCUCGGUGCCAAGUGGCCAUCAAGCAGAUGGAUCUGCGCAGUCAGCCCCGGAAGGAAUUGAUUGUCAACGAAAUUAUCGUCAUGAAGGACAGCCAACACCCCAACAUUGUCAACUUCCUGGAUUCGUUCUUGCAGGAGCAGAGCAAUGAGCUCUGGGUCGUUAUGGAAUUCAUGGAGGGUGGCGCGUUGACCGAUGUGAUCGACAACAACCCAGUGAUUCAAGAAAAUCAGAUUGCAGCAAUCUGCGCUGAGACAUGUAAGGGCCUGGCCCACCUGCACAGCCAAAACAUCAUCCAUCGCGAUAUCAAGAGUGACAACGUCUUACUCGACCGCGCCGGCCAUGUCAAGAUCACUGACUUCGGCUUCUGCGCCAAGCUGACCGAGUCGAAGAGCAAGCGCGCCACGAUGGUCGGCACGCCCUACUGGAUGGCUCCCGAAGUCGUCAAGCAGAAGGAGUACGGCCCGAAGGUGGACUGCUGGUCGCUGGGCAUCAUGGCCAUUGAGAUGAUCGAGUCGGAGCCGCCAUACCUGAACGAGGAGCCGCUGAAGGCGCUGUACCUGAUCGCCACGAACGGCACGCCCCGCCUGAAGAAGCCCGAGAAGCUGAGCAAGGAACUCAAGGCCUUCCUGAGCGUCUGUCUCUGCGUCGAUGUCCGCAGCCGUGCCACGGCGGAUGAGCUCCUGGCCCAUGAAUUCCUGCAGACGGGCUGCAGUCUGGCCAGUCUGGCUGAGUUGCUGCGGUGGAAGAAACCGAGCGGCCAGUAA